CAGAACCAGGACCAGCAGAAGCAGCUAAAAAAGUGGAAAAAGAUCUGGCUGAAAGGUCUAUCUGUUCGUAUCCGGCCUCGCAAGGACUCGCCGCGAGCAGCAGCAGCAACAACAUCAGCAGUACCACCACCACCGCCAUCAAUCGGAGGAGAGACAGACCAAAGCGUUGAAAGAGGUACCCAGACCGCGACACGCAACCACACCCACAACCACGGCCAACAUGUUCGCAGCAGCCAGAGUCGCACGCUGCGGCAUUCAGAAACGCUUGCGCACCCAAGCGAUUCAGACGCCGUAACGGACUCCGGCCUCUCGUCGGCCGCUGCCACCUCCGCCUCACACUCGCCCGCAACAUCAACCACCGCUCAGACCACCACAGUCCCCUCGAGCUCAUCGUCAUCCUCGUCCACUUCUCUUAGCGUGAGCGUCGGUGCUUCCAUCGGAAACUUCCCAUCUUCCUCCGCGCCGUGUCCCACUUGCGGACAGCGCCGCCAUGUCGACCUCCACCGGCCUCCGACGCCGGUCAAGCCCGAGGAUCGGUUCCAGUUCCGGUCCGGGGUCCCGUAUGGUCCUUGGACAAUCACGCAUCCUCCACCGUCGACAGCUGCACCAUCGCAGAUUUCCUGUGAGCUUCCCGCCCCCCAGCAGCAGCAGCAAGUGGGCCCCUGCUGCGCUGCCGAGACCCCUGGUCCGCUCACCGCAUUCCACCCCUUCGCCCGCCUACCUCCAGAGCUUCGGUCCAAGAUCCUGCGGUUCUAUCUCGAACGCCCGCGCAUCGUAGAAAUUCGAUGCAUGAACGACCUGAAAAAGAUCCAUUUUGCACCAAACGCGCUCGGAAAUCUUGCCUCCAAUAUCGCCUGGAGCGCGGACAACACUCUCCCGGCCCUGAUGUGGGUGAACAGGGAAUGCCGCGCCGAGACACGCGCAUUCUACCGUGUUCAGCUACCGAUGCACCCGACCAACAAGAUCGCCUGGCCCGUCAUCAUCAACCCGGAUUUCGACACCGUCAUAUUCACGUUCCCCUGGAGCAGCGAGAUCCCCCUCGACAUUUUCCUGAGCGACUGCCUCGCAUUCGACCCGCUCGGCGUAGGCAUCCGCCAUUUUGGUACCCGUGACAGGGGCGGUCCCGAGACGUGGGACCUGACGCCCGUACCGGGAUGUGCGCCGCUCGCAGAGAGCUUGGCAAAUUUGGAAUCCUACACAGAGGCGAUCCAGCUGAUGGACGAUCGCGCGGCGGCCCGGUUCCCGGUGUGGAUGAUUCACGAGGGCUAUCUCACCAGCGGCAUCCCGGCCAAGAACGCGUUCUACCGCGACGUUCCGCGGCUGCUUCUUAGUAACGACUAUGAGCCUCCUGAUGCGAUUAACCAGCGCACGGCGCUGGAGGCUUUGCGGACGCAGUUAGGGGACUAUCUGCCCCAGAACGUAGCUGAGAAUCUGGUUAUGCAGAGGAUGUUCUACCGCAAGUAUUUCCGGCAUUUGAGGAUGAAGUGUACGAAAACCGAUCUUGCGGGGUUGGGAAUGGUGAGACAGAUUCCUGGCUGUGAGACGGAGGAGUUCUUUCUAAGUAACGGCCGGGAAGUUGCGGGGCCGCGGAAGAAGAGGAGGUCGGUGCUUGAUGUGAGGCCUAGUAGCAGCUGGCAUCUUUGGGAUGAUGACUGA